AUGCCGGCCGCCGCGCUACCAUCGCACGCGCCGCCCCAGAUUCCAGGCUUCCAGAUCCCAAAUGACGAGGCGCAUUCACUCAAGCAGUCUGUCGCCGAACUCCUCGAACGCGACAACCCACGCUUUCCCGGCGCGCAACCCGUAUCCUUCUCGCGCGAACACGUCACGGAGCUCCAGCGCAAUGAAUACUACAUGUGCGAGAAGACGGACGGCUUGCGCUGCCUGCUCUACCUGCACUGGCAAGAGGGACCGACAGGAGCUUUCGAGCCUGUGACUUUCCUGAUCGACAGGAAGAACAACUACUACAACGUCCAGCCUCCAUUUCGCAUACGUCACUACCAGCACCUGAACGAAGCCGAGCCAUUCUUAUUCGGAACCCUUCUGGACGGCGAGCUGGUCCACGACCAAUAUCCGAACGAGCCUGCGCCACGUCUCAACUUCUAUGUCUUCGAUUGCUUGGCGGUGGAUAAUACAAAUGUGACGCAAAGGACACUGGACAAGCGGUUGGGCCGGCUGCAUGAAUGGGUCAUUAAGCCGUACGAAGCCGGCUUGACUAGGACGUUUGGCAAGAACAUUACACCAGACGACCUGAAGCCGUUUGCACUCAAAGGAAAGAAGACCUACCCUGCAUACAAGCUCGAGGACAUGUUCAGCAGCAUCCUCCCCAACCUCCGACACGGCAACGACGGCCUGAUCUUCACCUGCGUAUCCACACCCUACCAGUUCGGUACCGACAGACACAUCCUCAAGUGGAAGCCACCACACGAGAACACCAUUGACUUCAAGCUCCGCCUCGGCGACUUCCCGCUCAUAGACCCACAAGACGGCCAAGACGGCCUCAUCCCCGACUACGACGCCAUGCCCACCCCCCUCCAACUGCUCGUGCAGCACAACUCGAACCACUACGAAGUCUUCGCCACUCUCUCCGUCACCCCCGCCGAGUGGGAGACGCUCAAAUCCCUGAACCAACGCCUCGACGGCCGUAUCAUAGAAUGUUACCGCACAGAAGGUGGACAGUGGAAAUACAAGGCUGAGGCGGACGGUACGCCGCGCUGGCGCGACGACAAGAAGGACGCCAAUCAUAUCAGCACUGUUAGGAGCGUGCUGGCUAGUAUUGAAGCUCCGGUCACCGAGAUGGACCUUUUGGCCAACGCAGAGAAUAUCAAACGCGAGACAUAUCGUUUACAGGGCAAGCUGGACCAAUACCGCCCUCCGCAGGACGGCGAACGCGAGGCUAAAAAGCGAAAAUUCAGCGACGGUCUCAACGGUCACUGA